GGUUUGUCUGCCUCUUCUUUGUGUCAGCAUCACCCUGGAGUCUGGGAGAAGAAGAAGGGAACAUUUUCAAGGAUAAUCGUUACAGGACAAGGGAGGAAUAGUUGCCAAGAUGCUGGUCACCAUGCUAACUGCCAUGUACAUGAUGGUCAAAGUGGCAGAAUCGAUCAGCUUGCACUUUGAGAGAAAACCUGAGCCACUGCCUUACAUGGUCUCCCAGCCUUUGCCUUGGCAGAUUCACUCAGUGUCUCAUAGCCGCAAGAACAGCAGAGUAGAUGAGUUUGACGGCUACAGGAGGAACAGCAUAGGCGUUUACAGAAAAAACUAUGUCUCCAUGGCUAUUGCCUCUACCUCUCUGGCUAUCCCCUGUGUCCUGUCGUGCUCAGACUCCAACGCCAGUAAUGGGACGUGCACAAACUCGACUGCACCCCCCUUGAGUCCUGUGGAAGUAGAAAAAGCAGCGGCCACCAUCCAGACACACUUCAGGAAGUUUCAACAGAAGAAGCACAAGAAUGGAAAAUAGAGGGACGGGGCUGUGCGCCAAAGACACGUGUUCAUCUGAAUGUCAUUAUAAAUAUACACAAUGACAAAUAGAACUAUUUAUGUAGCUUUUUAAGUGCUCCCUGUAAGCUUAUGUGUUUGAAUGAAACUCAAAUGUAUGCUGAUGAAUGUGAGAGGAUUAAGCAGUGCCUGAGUGGUAUUAUUUCAGAUUUUCUGUUAAAAGAAAAACUUACUUGUGUUCAUACAAAUGAAUGAAAACACGAUCUGAUUUUAACAGUGU